AUGGGCACUUUUCUCCGCCCGGAUCGCCCGCUGCGUCGUGAGCAGCUCCUCCUCGAGGGUUCGCUUUUCAUCCCGCAGGGAAGCGAUCUGGCGCUCAGCAACAUCGAGCUCUGCCCUGAGCUGCUCCAUCGCUGUGGUCAAGGCGCGAGUAUCGGGCAACAUCUCUGUUUGGGAGAAGGCAUCCACCCGCCGUGCGCCUUUGGCGGUCGCGGAGACCGUUUCCCACUCCACGCCACCCUCCCGCGCCUUGUCGAGGCCACACGUUUCCUUCGUUUUGCCCCCCUCUUGGUGCGGCUCCUCCCUCUUGGUCGUCUCAAGAUGGAUGUGAGGUUCUAA